AUUUUCUCACCUUCCAUUUUGACGAAGACUUGAAAGUUGUGUCAUUCAAGUUCUCUUUUUUCACAUCGGCCCUAAGAUUAUUCUCAAGGUAAGUUUUCUCCGUAAACCCUCUGAAUUCGCUUGACUCACAAUUACAGAGAUAGGUACCCCGCAACACCACAACAGUCUCGCCCUCACUCACCUCACUCACACCUCUUAACAACCCACUCAUUCACUGUUUCGUUAAAGUAAUUUCACCACCCCCCCACCAACUAGUACCAUAUCUUUCUCACCCACUUCACCACCCCCCCAAAAUGUCAAACCCCACAUCCAUCCCCCUCCUCCCAACCCCCGCCCUCCGCUCCCUCACCACCGCCGACCUCCUCCCAGCAGCAGUCUCAGUCAAGAACCUAUCCAGCACCCUCCUCCGCGCAGCCACAGACGCCUGGGACCGCCCCCUCCGCCCCCAACCCCUCCUCCUCUCGGCAGAGAUCAGUUUCACCUCCCCCUUUGAAACCGCCUCCGCAACUGACAAGCUAGGCGAGGACACGAUCCACUACGGCAAUCUAUCAAAGGCACUCCUCGACACUGUAGAGACUUACUUCGGCCCUAAUUCUACAGCCGCCAUUUCUUCUCCAGAGGAGGACGAGGGGGAUGCGAUCUCGGUGCUGAACCAGAUAUUCGUUCAUCUCACUGGGUUGUCUAUCGAUGGUGUCAGGGGGGACGGAACCCCUUUUUUGGGGGGGAGCUUAGAUAGAAUCGGGUUUCUGGGUGUGAAGCUGACGCUCCCAAAAGCGAGCUUGCUUGGCGAGGGUGUGAGUCUCACCGCAAGCGCGGGGUUUGACAACACGGGGAAAAUGACCGCCCGCGCGCUAGGGAUGGAGAUCACCAGACUCGGAGUGCCGACGUUGGUCGGGGUUAAUCCUAACGAGCGGGAGGCGAGGCAGAUGUUGGUUGUUACGGUGGGGAUUGAGGGGAUCAAGGUGAGGGGGGAUAGGUAUGUCAGGGUUGAAAAGGCGGUUGUGAAGGCGCUGGAGGAGUCAUCAUUCGAGACGUUGGAAGCGUUGGGGGCGCACUUGAUUGACAAGGUGGAGGAGGUUUUUGUCAAUGGGGAGGAUUACACCGUCAGAGUAAAAAUCGAGAAGCCGAUUGCGGUUCCGUUGGCCGAGUGUCCGGUUGUGGAGGUUAGGAGAGUGGUGAAGGAUUAUUAUAGGUGAUUUGUUGUACGGCAUCAAAGUGUUCAUCUAGCAUUGCUUGAAGCAGUUGUCUCCAGUCUAUUUGAGCCUCCCUCUCUAUCUUACACCUCAACACCGAAAUUCAAAGUGUCC